GAACGCCAUGCAGGCGCUCUGUCGCAGCUUCCUCCACCAAAUGGCCCCUCGCACGGCCGGGGGCCCCCUCAGAAGGACCAGCAUCCGCAGGCAGCUCAUUACCGAGAUUAAAGUCCCCCCAGGAACCCGGAUCAGGGUGAACAACAACAAGCACCAGCUCUGGCCCAGCCCCCCCGAGCUACUCCAGCACCGCUGCCAGGCCCUGCUGCACCACCAGCUCAGCUACGACCUGCUCCACCUCAACAGCGAGCACUUUGUCACCUUCGUCCGCUACGGACGCGCCGUCUGCACCCAGACUCUGUACAAGACCAAGGACACAGAGGAUGAGGUGGCGACCCAAACGUUUCAAAGGAUGAUCCCUGAGAUGAUCCCCACAGAAUCUGAGCUGUAAAGACCAAAGGAGUCCAACCAGUGUCUUGCUUACACAAUCUUAAUUACUGUGAUUUAAUUUCGGAAAUAAACAAUCUGUAGUACAACAUUGCCCGACAAACAAAAUAUUUCUUUCAAUAAAAACAUAGGUGA